GGAAAACCUUUUUGUCGAUGAAAUUCACCUCCAAAGGGGAACCAAAGGAAUCAGCUUCUUCCUCACACUCACAUCCAACACCAAAGACCUAACUACCUUCAUACUCUGUAAUUUCUUGGUUUUUUUAUUUAUUCAGUGAUUUACUUUUAAAAAAAAAAUCUAAGAUCAGAGCUCUAAACAAUUCAAGGUUUAACUCCAGAAAUUAUUGUUUACACUUUGGGUCCAAAAUAAUAAAAAAAAGAGGGUGAUUUAGAAAUGGAUGCUGAUACAUGGAGUGUUCGUCUUUCUUCAGCUUCUAAGAGAUAUCAAUCAUCUCUUGAAUCACGAUCUAAUAUGUUAAUGGGGUUUGAAGAAAUAGAUGAAGAAGAUGAUAUAAGAGAGGAAUUUCCAUGCCCUUUUUGUUCAGAGUAUUUCGAUAUCGUUGGCUUGUGCUGUCACAUUGAUGAUGAGCAUCCUGUGGAGGCUAAAAAUGGGGUAUGUCCGGUCUGUGCAUUGAGGGUGGGGGUUGAUAUGGUUGCGCAUUUAACGCUACAACAUGGAAAUAUAUUCAAGAUGCAGCGCAAGAGGAAAUCACGUAAAGGUGGAUCUCAUUCAACACUCUCCCUUCUGAAGAAAGAGUUGAGGGAAGGAAACCUACAGACCCUCUUGGGGAGUUCUUCUUGUAUAGUGUCUUCAUCCAAUUCAGCACCUGAUCCAUUGUUGUCUUUGUUUUUUCUACCAAUGAUUGAUGAUUUUGUUAGUGAUCAGCCUCCGUUUCCUACUGAAACAAGCAGAAAUAACAAAAGUUCUGACGUGAAUAAGUCCGAAAGAACUAUCCAAUCAUCACCCCUUUCUGUUAAGGACCAGGAAGAGAAGGCAAAGAGAUGUGAAUGCGUUCAAGGGCUGCUGUUGUCUACAAUUGUUGAUGAUAUCUUAUAAAGCUGCUGCAAUUUCGGACACCGGUUCCUGAUGGACAUCAAGUUCAGGGAAGAGCCUUCAUCCCACUUUCAAUCAAGGGUCUGUUAAGCUGUUAGUGGUGAAUAUGUUGAUGAUGUAUUAAGCAAAAUGUUGAAAUAAGGUGUAGCAAUGAGUGUAAUUUUUAAUGUUCGAUGAUGGACUUAUUUUGAAGUUCUUAUUUUGUCCAACAACAUAUUUAAGAGUUAGUGAUGGAGAUUACAUAAAUAUUAUUGGAAGGAA